UCUUUCCGAAUCAGGAGGCCAGCUCUCUUAUUAGGUAUUAGGAGUGGACUGGAAUAAUUGUGUUGUGGUCCGCCUAGUGUUUUCGUUUUAUUCUUGGAUGACCACGCACUUGAAGAUGCUGUUUGUGGCAUGUGGAGUCCAUCUCACAUCUCAUACAGUAAACAAGCUAUUUGGCAAGAAGGCUCACUUUGUGCUCAACAUUGCUUGAAUAAUCUAUUGCAAGGAGAAUAUUUUAGCCCUGUGGAAUUAUCUUCAAUUGCACAUCAGCUAGAUGAAGAAGAGAGGAUGAGAAUGGCAGAAGGAGGUGUUACUAGUGAAGACUAUCGCACAUUUUUACAGCAGCCUUCUGGAAAUAUGGAUGACAGUGGUUUUUUCUCUAUUCAAGUUAUAAGCAAUGCCUUGAAAGUUUGGGGUUUAGAACUAAUUCUCUUCAAUAGUCCGGAGUAUCAGAGGCUCAGGAUCGAUCCCAUAAAUGAAAGAUCAUUUAUAUGCAAUUACAAAGAACACUGGUUUACAGUUAGAAAAUUAGGGAAACAGUGGUUCAACUUGAAUUCUCUCUUGACGGGUCCAGAAUUAAUAUCAGACACAUACCUUGCACUUUUCUUGGCUCAAUUACAACAGGAAGGUUAUUCUAUAUUUGUUGUUAAGGGUGACCUGCCAGAUUGUGAAGCCGACCAACUUCUACAGAUGAUCAGGGUCCAACAGAUGCAGAGACCAAGACUCAUCGGAGAAGAACUAGCACAACUGAAAGAACAGAGAGUCCAGAAAACAGAUCUGGAACGAGUUUUAGAAGCAAACGAUGGGUCGGCCACGUUAGACGAAGAUGAGGAAGAUUUGCAGAGGGCUUUGGCACUAAGUCGCCAAGAAAUUGACAUGGAAGAUGAAGAAGCAGAUCUCCGCAGGGCUAUUCAGCUCAGUAUGCAAGGUAGUUCCAGAAGCAUAUCUCAAGAUACUCCACACACCUCAGAUACACAUCUGACUUCAGAAGAGCUCCGGAAGAGAAGAGAAGCCUACUUUGAAAAGCGGCAGCAGCAGCAGCAGGGUCCUCCCGGACAGCUGUCACAGCCGUGUGAGAGACCGACCACAAGUUCAGGAGCACCGGUUAGUGAUCCAGGAGAUGCUAUGAGUGAAGAAGACAUGCUUCAGGCAGCCGUGACCAUGUCUUUAGAAACUGUUAGAAAUAAUUUCAAAACAGAAGGGAAAAAAUAAUACCUUUUACAAAUCACUUAGAUAUUCAUAUUUUCCAACAUUAUUAUUCUGUGUGGUUAGAGCAUAGAGGGUCCAUUUUAGUAAUGUGUCAAACAAUGUUCAACAGAGGAGAUAAGACUGUUAGGUGGUUUGCAACAAAAAGAUGAGAAAGUGGAAAAAUGCGCCAGUUGUGGGACUAAAUAGUGAUCUUCCAAACACUAGCCAAAGAGGCAUUUAGCAAUUAAAGAAAUUUAAAAUAGUUUUCUAAAUGUUCCUUUUUCUUUCUGAGUGUGCAGUAUCUCUCAUGUCUAAAAUUAGGGCAUUUUUCUUGGAUCUUUUUGCAGACCAACUAAUUAGCUCUUGCCACAGAACUUUUUCCAUACAUGUUCUUCUCAUCCUUUCUGUUCAGGUCGUUUGACUCACUUUCCAUCAUCUCAUAGUUGCUUUUCUUUCUCAUUAACCAAGUUAACCUUUUAGGACAGUGUCUCUUUUCUGUGUCGAUAGUAGUAGCAGUUCCAGAAAGAUCCGCCGCUUUCCCUCCAAUUAUGUAGCGUGCCCUUGGAUGUUUUCUCAUGUUAUUUCUCUAAUCACAGUUUCUUUGCUACUUGGUUUUCCUUACUUUUCUACAGCUCUUUUGAAAGAUGGUAAUCUUUCUGGAGGUUUUGCUUUUUAAGCCCUCUAAGAUGGGAUCAUUAGUUCAUGAUUCUGGUGCAUUCCAAAACGCUGAAAUCAACAAGUAUUUGAGAAUAAAUGAGAUUUUUUUUUUUAAUGUGUGAGCACAUCCUUUUCUAGAUGUUUUAUGAAUGCCUUCUCAAUUAUGUUAGACUGUCACAGCUCUGCUGUGACUUUUUCUCCUGCACCUUGAUAUUUCCUUUUCUCCAGUUGAAAAAAAUAGGAGAAGCACAGUAUGCAAGCAAGUUUCCUUCUGUGUCAGACUUCACAAAUAAUACCCACCAUGAAUGUAUGAGAGACAAAGUUUUCUUUCAAUUUAGCGGCAGCUUCAUUUUAUUCUCUCUUGUGACCGGAGCUCUCUUGUUUACGGUGGAGUCAUGGAAUAUAGAUGUCUGCUUCUGCUGCAUAUCUUGUAGUAGGUAUUAUUUGCCAGAGAUGAUGAUCUGGAAUAUGAAAUUAAUCUACUAACAAAAGUACAUUUACAUUUAUACUGUGAUUUGACACUGACAUCAUGUUUAAAUUACAAAAGUCACACAGUACUUAAUGGGUCUGUAAAUAAGAAAGCCUUUAGUUUUGAUAAACAUUCUUUAAUUGGGAUGCACAGAAAGUUUCUUGCUGUGUCAGUACAGGGGUAUGAUUUUGGUGAAAAUUAACUAUGUCUCUCUGAAAUGGACAUUUUGGAUUCUGUCAUUUACUCCCCAUCCCUCAUUCUCCACCCCCUUUGAAGCCCUUUGAAAUGCUGAAUUAUUCAUAAGCUAAAGGUUAGGAAAUUUCAGCUAACAACAUAGAAAAUUAAAGUAUGAUAUGUUGCCAUGACUAGUGUAUGGCUACACAUUUUAUCAGGGAAAUUUUUUUGACCUAGGAUUUAUUGCUGAGUUGAAAGGAGAUGAAAAAAAUGCCUUUUAUGAUUAUGAAAUAGCUUUUUUUUUUUUUGGGGGGGGGGGGGGAUAGAGACAGAUUUUUUUAGUCAUUAUUUUGUGCCAAAUAACAUUUUCUGAAGUUUACCUUGCAAAAGUAGACUGUUUUACUUUAAAAUCUGAAGUUUUCUUUUGAGAAUUGAAAAUGUUUCAGAAGAGUUAUAAAACUUUAGAAUUGCAAGGGACAUUGGCGUUAGUACUGCUCCCUCAAGAUUUAUAAACCAAAAUAUUUUAAGAUUGAACAUUUCUGUAGUAAUCCCCAAUAUACUUGUCCUAUUUUCCAUGGAUAUUAGUUUUUACCUUAUCCCAUUGGAAAAAUACAUUAAAUUUUUCAUACACGAAUGGGUGACUUACCUAAUAUAAAAAUGAGAAAAGAAAUAUGCAUUUGAAAGUUUUAACCUUAGAGUUUAUAAAGUUCUUAUAUUACAUGCCCUUCUUAAAGCACUUAAGGAAAUAUGGCAUGUUGACCUUCAUUUAGGGAUUUUUUUUUUUUCCUCUGCAGCAGAGUUGAGCACACACUGAAUACAUUUGAAUGUGUUUAGUUUAUUUUGAAUAUUGCAUUUGGCAGGCAGAUCCAGAAUGACUAGAGAACUGCCAAAUUUUUGGAUUGGCUUAAACUUAAUUUAGAUUCCAUCCCAUAAUUGAUUGGCCAGUAUGAAAAGAUGCCAAUGCUCAUAAUUACAGUAUCAGAAAACUUAGUUAUACAAAGGUAUAGUUCACACAUCAGGAACUGUUAUUUACUGUAAGUAACCUGCAAGAAAGUCAGAAACAAUGAAACUCACAAUAGCAGUUCCUGCUCAGAACUCUAAAUAAAGAUUUCCGUUCUGUUUUACCAAUUGGGAACACCUUAAUGUUUAAUAUUUAAACUACUGGUAUCAUUUUUCUAAUGUAUAAAUUGAGUUACCAGGAUAAAAUACGUACAGUGGUUAUGCUAGUGUUUAAACACGUUUUGGAAACACCACUUUCAUAUUUUGAGAUGUCAAAAAUAUAAUAAGUAGUUAUUUAUGUUUUAAAAAUUCACAGUAGCUUAAAGAAAUUAACAGUAAUUAACCUCUGCUCUAAAAUCAUCAAUAAACAUUUUUACAGUAAUUCACAUGCAGAUAUUUCAGUAACGUAAAUUGAAAAGAUUGCUGCAGGUAAACUGUAUUUUAACUUUUAAGAUCCUGAUCGAAUAAUUUACAAUUCACAGAAUAUUUAAGGAGGUGCUUUUUUUUCUUUAAAACUUGAUUUUUCUUAAUUAAGACUUUAUUCAUGCCAAAGUUAAUGAAAAAAGCUCAACACUGGUUGAGGGUCAUUAUAGGCAAAACUACCAAUAGUCUGUGGUUUUUCAUGUAAUACGAAGUUGAAUAAAGUAAAUUUUAUUCCUGUCAGAGCCUGAAUCACAUUUUUAAUGUCUGCAUGUUUGAUACUCUUUUUAAAUAGUAUCAUGCCAGUGCCAAGAUUUACUAAAUGUGUUAAAAUUGGCCUAUUGGGCCCACACAAAUUUAAAGAAGAUUGAGUCAGUGCGUAAGCAAAAUAUAGUGAUAGAAAUUAAAAUAUCUCCAGUUGAAAUAAAUCUCGAUGUCAAGAGAACUCAAUCAUAUUGAUGCCUUCCUAUUUAAAACUUUAUGUGCAACUGGAAAGCCCAAUGACUACUACUCUAAAAGUAAAUAGUUUGUUGUAUCUGGGCCCUAACAAGUACGGAGAUAUUAUAUAUGUGACCUUAAUUAAGAAAAAACAGAUUGGAUCAACUAAUCAUUUCAGCAGUGUCAAUAAUUUUUCAUAUUUUCAAAAAAAAAACAAAACUUUCCUUUGUUCCUGGUCCCUUUAUGAACCAGCAUCUUCUGCUAAAGAGAUGAACUGGCUUGUAUUUUUUAAAGUCUUACAUUAGCAAAAAUGUUUCAUUUUACUUUCAUGAAUGAAAAGAUUAUUGACACAGUUGUUUAAUUCUUGAAUUUUGAUUUUUUUUUAUUUGAAGAAAAUCUUUGCUUUUAUUUUUGCAAAAUGUUCUGGCAUUUUAAGAAUACUAGUAACAUAAUUUCUAAAUUUACAGUAAUUGGCAUGUUUAACAAUAGUGUAUCAGUAAAUAUAUUAAGACUGUGGAUUCAUAUACAAGGAAUGGGAAGCAAUAGUGAAAUGUAUGUAAAAAUUCCUGAUUCAUUUAGGAAGCACUUCACCUUCUUGCUUAGUUCAAAGGUGAAUGUCUCCAGGAACUUUUAAAAAUUUUUUUAAAAGAGAAAGAUGUACAUUGGAAUGUGAAAAAUUUCUAUAACACUGGACUACUAGAAAUAACUUUGUAAAAAUUACUGUUCUGUAUAAACUAUUUGAAAUUCAAGUACAAA